AUGGCAGAUGGAUGUUCUUUACAUGUUAAUUGUGGUGGAAACGAUGUAAGGCUCAAAGAAGGUAAAGACAACGUUGAGUAUGACGGAGAUGCAGCAGUUGAAGGUGGUGGUAGUUCAAGAUAUUAUGUCAGUCAUAAUUAUUGGGGAUUUAGUAGCACUGGGGACUUCAUGGACGAUGAUAAUUUCCAAAACACACGUUUCAUCGAGAACACACCCGCAACUGGCAUCUCUGAAUUGUAUAGUACGGCACGCGUUUCUCCUAUUUCACUUACCUAUUUCCGCUAUUGCAUGGAGAAUGGAGAUUACACCAUAACUCUGCGCUAUGCGGAAAUACUUUUUACGAAUGACAGUGCAUAUACCAGUCUUGGGAGGCGGAUUUUUGAUAUCUAUAUUCAGGAAAAAUUAGUUUGGAAGGAUUUCAGUAUUGAACAUGAAGCUGGGGGGUUUCAAAGCCAAGGAGAGUAUGGUCCACUUAUAUCAGCUAUUUCGGUUAAUCCGACUUUCAAAUCUUGUUCAAAUGGUCGAAAGAAGAAGGUAACAGUUUAUGUUACUGUUGGAGUUGUGGCAUUAUGUGCUAUUUCCUUAGUACUCGGCAUUCUUUGGUGGAAAGACUGUUUGAGAAGCAGAAAACAGAAAGGAACUG